AUGUCGACGCGCGCGGCCUUCCCGCCGUCAACGCGCCCGCAUGCCUUGCCCACCGCCCUCCCUCUCCCCGGCCACCCUUCCCUCCCCGCGGCCGCCCUCCCUUACCCUCUCGUUGGCGUCCUGCCUCACCUCCCUGCAGGCGCCUUCCCCUUCCCUCGUGGUGCACCUUCUUCUGCCGCUUUUGCACCACCUCCUCCUUCUCCCCUCACCCCUUUUGCCUCUUCACCCUCCUCCUCCUCUCUUCAUACAUUCCUCCCCUCCGUGCCUCUCCUCCCUUCCUCCACCUCCUUCCCCUCCGCCUCUGCCAACUGGCUGCGUGGUAUUGGUUGCCACUUGCUGGUAGCUAUCUGUGUUUCGGCGCCAAUCUCCUUCCACAACUUUCCGCCUCCUCUUGUUUCUCCCCUAAGCGGCGCAGCAGCAGACUACUCCGCCGCUAUCCCUCCUUCUCUUGUUUCUCCCCUCAGCGGUGCAGCAGCAGACUACUCUGCCGCUAUCCCUCCUCCUCGUAUUUCUCCCCUCAGCAGCGCAGCAGCAGACUACUCCGCCGCUAUCCCUCCUCCUCUUGGUUCUCCCCUCAGCGGCGCAGCAGCAGACUACUCCGCCGCUAUCCCUCCUCCUCUUGUUUCUCCCCUGAGCGGCGCAGCAGCAGACUACUCCGCCGCUAUCCCUCCUCGUAUUUCUCCCCUCAGCGCCGCAGCAGCAGACUACUCCGCCGCUAUCCCUCCUCCUCUUGUUUCUCCCCUCAGCAGCGCGGCAGCAGACUACUCCGCUGCUAUCCCUCCUCCUCUUGUUUCUCCUCUCAGCGGCGCAGCAGAAGACUACCCCACCGUUAUCCCUACUCCUCUUAUUUCCCCCCCUCAACGGCUCAGCAGCUGA